AUGGAAGUUGCACAAUCCAACUUUGACUGGCUUCGAUCUCUUGUUACCUCCAUCGACGACCCAACCAUUCGCCUCAUCGUCGCUGGAGGCUCGGUUCUCCUCUUGGGCAGCGUCAUCUCUGCCGUCCGCACUCGAGGUAACAUCACUCGCCUCCGCGGACCGCCCUCGGAAUCGAUCAUAUGGGGCGUCGCGCAAAAGGUCCCUCUCACCGAACAGUCGGCUGUGCAAUAUACGGCCUGGGAGGCAGAGUACGGUCCUGGCGUCUAUCGCAUUCCCUUCAUUUUCGGCAAGGAGAAGAUUAUCCUGUUUGACGCGCGAGCGGUAGCACACUUAUUCGCCAUGGACAAUACGGUGUAUACCAAGACAGAACAACAGCGCAGCCUUAUACGGAAUUUGGCUGGGGAGGGGAUUUUGUGGGCGGAGGGAGACGUGCACCGAAGGCAGAGGAAGGUGCUCAGUCCCGCUUUUACCAACGCUGCUAUUCGUGCCCUCAACCCGGUAUUCUACACAUGCUCUUACAAGAAUACAUGGGACUCCCUCACCGAAAAAGGUGGAGCAAUGAUUGCGGUCCAAGAUUGGAUGAACAACAUUACUAUCGACAUUAUAGGCCUGGCUGGUUUCUCACACGAUUUCCGCACUCUCGACGGGGACCGCGCCGCCGCAGUGGACGCGUUCGACUCCACUGGCGCGUCCGCCCCGUCAUCCGUUAGGAACAUGCUUCCAUUGCUUCUUCUCGUUUUCCCGUGGCUAGAGAAGCUGCCUAGUCCGACGAAGAAGCGCAUGAAUGAGUUCAACAAUACUUUGAAUGAGCUCUCGGACAAGAUUUGGUCAAAGCUGAAAGGUGAGGGAGCCGGAGACGUCGCAGAAAAGUCCAUUGUCGGGAGGUUGCUACGGGCUGAAUCGUCUGACAAGAGCUUACACCUUUCUAAACAAGAGGUGAUCGACGAGGCGAGUCACUCGCUGCCUCGAAGAGACCUGGUGCUUAUGCUAAUUUUCCCAAAGAUCAAAGUGCUCAUCAUCGCUGGCUAUGUCACCACAUCCACUAGUCUCACGUGGGCGCUCAUCGAGCUAGCGAAGAACCCGGACGCUCAAGCUAAGUUACGGGCUGAGCUUAACCAGUACGGGGACGAAUAUCCGUCUUAUGAUGACCUAGUGGGUGACAAGCUGCCAUAUCUCGACGCCGUAACGCAUGAGACCCUGCGUCUGCAUCCAUCUGUGCCCGAGCUUACACGCAUUGCCGGCACCGAUGAUAUUAUCCCGCUCUCAGCCCCGAUCACGGAUGCGUACGGGCGCACCGUUGACCGAAUCUCUGUCGCGAAAGGUACACUCGUCGGCUGUCCCAUCGCCGCCAUCAAUCGCUCGCCCACAUUUUGGGGCGCCGAUGCACUCGAGUUCCGCCCCGAGAGGUGGUUCGAAGGCGUCGAGAAGACCACGGCGAAGGACCUCACGGGGCACCGACAUCUUCUCACGUUCGCCAGCGGACCCAGGACAUGCAUAGGCAAGGGAUUUGCGAUUGCUGAGUUCAAGGCAUGCUGGUUUUUCAUUCUUUCCCAGCUAAGCUAA